UAACACUAACUUAAACCCAGGCAGCCCGACUUUAGUUUCUGACUUUACAUUUUGAAGACACUAAAAGAAAAAAAAAAACCAGAAGAUGAGACAAUGGAGAAGCAUAGCAAGAGAAGCCGUGGCUCAAGUCUCCAUCGUCGUUAAAUUUCUCAGCUUCCUUCACGUCACCGACUCCUACCUCUUCUCCUUUACACAUGUUCUAGGUCCUAGCAUGCUCCCAACGUUAAACAUAAAUGGCGAUGUUGUACUAGUGGAACACUUGUCUCACCGAAUUGGCAAAGUGGGUGCAGGUGAUUUGGUUCUGGUUCGGUCGCCGCUCGACCCUAGAAAGACCUUGACUAAGCGUAUUCUUGCCGUAGAAGGUGAUAAAGUAACGUUUUGCUUAGACCCCCCUCGAGACCCCACUCGAGACUACAGGUCUCGUUCUCUCGUGGUUCCAAAGGGACAUGUUUGGAUUCAAGGGGAUAACUGGUAUGCUUCUACGGAUUCACGGCAUUUCGGGCCUGUUCCUUAUGGUCUUAUUCAAGGGAAAGUGUUUCUCAGGGUAUGGCCACCUAACAGCUUUGGGUCAUUGGGUCAAUGAGAGUUUACUUUCAAGGCAUAUAGUUUGCUGUCCAUCUCUUUUCAGAUAUAGACUUGUGCGAAUGUUCUUACUGGAAAAUGCAUGAAGGGAAAACUUCUAUUCCAAUCUAUGAAGGAGGAUUGCCUUUUCUGGUGCUACUUUGAAAUAAUAUUGCUGAUUGUCGUUGCGAUGAUAAUUCAGUUGCUGUACAGUUUUGAUCUAUUGUUUUUGUUUUUGAUUCUUUUUGGGAUCAUGCACUUUGGUUAUGAAGCUUUUCAUUUGCUUCCCAUUGUUUGGACUGUCUCCUCUCAGCUUGUGUUGGGUUUUGACUGGUAAAGCGUUGGAUUACAUUGAUCAGAAAAUUUCAUAAAAUAGCUUCUUCAAAUGGGGUCAAACUCAAAGUUACUAACUCUAUUAUAGCAAACUCUUGAGGCAAAAAAAAAAAAAAAGAAGGGAAAAAAUGGAUGAAGGGCAAUAGUAGGAAACUGAUUAAGAUGGUUGUUGCUAUCUGCCGAGUUCAAUUCAAUGCCUGACCCGUUACAGGCUCAUCUUCGACCCCGCUCCAAUGUUUCGAAUGUUCCACUCUUUGUUACGAGUUUGGAGUUCAAUCAUGUUUAUCUGAUUUCCUCAUGGGAACCUUUUUGUAUACAUUUAUGUAUUCUUAAUAAUUCCUUAGGCUAAUGUAUGUUUCCAUUGAAUGAAGAUGGUUUCUUCCUUUGGCCAUCUAAGGCCCAGUUUGGUAAAACAUGACAGUGCAGUGCGAAGUUUUCUCGUUGCACCAAAGCUAAUGCUUUGCACAUCUUAUACAUGCAUAUUUCCGUUGAAUGAAUACGAUUUCUUCCUUUGGGCAUCUAAGGCCCUGUUUGGUAAAGCAGGACGGUGCUGUGGAAGGUUUUCUUGUUUAACCAAAACUUCAGUUAGGGGUUUAGGGUUUAGUUUUGCACAUCUUAUACAUGCAUAUUUCCUUUGAAUGGAGAUGAUUUAUUACUUUGGGCAUCUAAGGCCCCGUGUGGUCAAGCAGUACAGUUCGGUGGAAGGUUUUCUUGUUGCACCAAAGCUUUAGUCGGGGGUUAAAUUUUCACGAAUCCUUUUAUUGGUUCUAGGUUUGAUAAACCAAAAUAUAAUAUAUCAAUUAAAACUGUGUUAUUAGAAUGAAAAGAAAAUAAAAGUUGCAAUGUCAAUUAAAACGAUGAUUGUGUUGUACAAAUCUUUUAAUGGUUUUCCAAAUGUAAAAGGAAAAAUUUUCAUUAAAUUUUGGAGUUCAUACAAUAUUGGUCAUUGUUUUCCUCCACAGAAAAAUGAAAAAGAAAAAAAGAAAAUUUCAAUUUAACCAA